CUAAAUACUUCAGCCCCUCAGCCUACAUUACAUAAAACCGGCGACGCAUAACUUUGACUUCCGAUUCGUCAAUUUCACUUGUCAGACACUCGGAAGUUCUGCGUGACCACUAUACCAACAUCCCGACCAACUAGAGAACGAUAUACGGUCGGGAUUGUCCAUUUUCUAGCUCCGUACUAUACUCGACGUGUAUAAUGCCUAUAUCUAUAUCUGCUUGUAUCUCAUCUUAGUUUCAGGUUGUUCUUCCCCCAAUAUAUCAAGUAACAAGGAUUAUAAUGCUGGUUCCUUUUGAAUUUCCACCAACAGCUCCGGCAGGAGGAUAAUCCGAUUUUCAGAUGAGGAGUCCCAAACAAUACACUCUCCCCGAGUGAAACUUACAAAGGAGUUACAUGUAUAUGCCGGUGAUACGUGACUUGUAUUUACUUCUGCGGUGAUAGUACUAUAGGAUAUAGAAGUGGUUAUGUGUUUGAAGACUGUAUACACCUCUUGUUUGUCUCCAAUAUAGGAAAUAUAUACACACCAAUCAAUAGGACUCGAGUUUUUCGGACAUUAUAGAAACGAUGAGGCAUUGGCCGUGGAAAAGAAGACUCAUCUUCGCCGCCAUUACUUCGUUUAGCCUGCUCGUGUCGCUGUUCGUCUAUGUUCCGUGGACCAACUACAACCACUCAUCGUUUGUGACCACGUUGACUGGCGGUGGUCAUCGACGGCUGGCUGUGAUCGACGAUCACGGAAAGGAUGGUAUCGCCUCGAGGAAAGAUAGGCAGAUAAAUUUGAGUAUCAUACGUAACUCCUCAAAGCACAUCGAGGCCGACGAUGCACCGAAACGCAGCGAUGACGUCAUAAAAGGUGUGUCGCUCCACCAAGAGAGGCCUGGGAAUGGUCACGGGGAAAGAGGCGGAGUGGAUCAUUUGACAUUAGACGCACAGCAUCAUAAAUAUUGGAAUAAAUCACAACAGCAUAGAAAGACGGAAUCCUCGUCAAAAUGCCUUCCUCGCCGAGACAUCGUCUUUUGGAAGACACACAAAUGCGGGAGCUCAACGAUGCAGAAUAUGAUCUUUCGUUACGCAAUCAGGAAUGAUCUUCGGUUGUUACUGCCACCAAGAACUCACUUGUUCGAUCUUAUACAGCGUUUCAAUGCGACCAGGGACGUGCCGAGGGAGUUUAUUGAGAGAGGAAAACAAUUCAACAUCUUUGCACAUCAUGCUCGAUUCAGUGCUGCAGAUAUCGCGACCCUGAUGCCUCGAGGUAGUUUCUACCUCACGAUCCUAAGAUCACCAGUCACUUUGUACGAGUCUAUUUAUUCCUAUCUGGGUCUGGGAAAAGCAUUUGGCGAUGAGACUCAUCCUGUCAAAAUCAUUCAAUUCCUGAAGAAUCCAAACUCAUUCUAUAAAGCGACAGACCGGAGUGUCCAUCGCCGUUAUGCACGAAAUCCUCUCCUCUAUGACCUUGGGCUUGAUCCGGAAGACAUGGAGAGCAAAGCAAAGAUUGCAGAUACGAUCCUCGAAGUGCAACUAAGGUUCCAUUUUGUGAUGAUCGCCGAGUACUUCGACGAAUCCCUGGUCCUAUUAAAAGAGCUGAUGUGCUGGAAUUUCGAUGAUAUAACGUAUUUAAGAUUAAACGCGAGGGAGCGCACUCAUAGAACUUCGCCUUACGCAGCGAACUUGAUACAGAAGUGGAACUAUGGAGAUACGCAGCUUUACCAGUACUUUAACGAUUCCUUUUGGAAGCGAGUGGAAGCGUACGGACGCACCCGAAUGGAGCGCGAUGUUAGGACGUUGCGAGAUAUGAACGCACGGUUGAUGGACCGUUGUGUGGAAGAAGAGACAAAUGCAGAUGAUAUUGAGGAUCAGGAAUCGCAGUGGCACCCCGAAGGCAUCAACAUUGUUGCGUACCGCCUGAAAGCAUCGGCCAAGAACGAUCGCACCUGCAGGGACGUCAUCAAGCCAGAGAAACUCUUUACAGAGGAAAUUCGCGCGAAGCAAGGGGACUAUUAUUUCGCGCCUAAAAACGGGAAAGAGAUGAUUAAGUGGUGGCAUAUAAAGGAUGAGACGGAUAAGAAUGCGGUGAAAGUAUUGGAUGCCUUACUUGACCGGAUGCAUCCGCCGUAGAACAUCAGGACCAUGUAUCAUAAAAUAUUACCAUUAUUAA